AUGCCACAGCAGCCUCAAGAUCUUGCCCAAGCUGCAAAUCAAAGAUCUAUUGCGCCGCGUGUCCCUAUUCCAGCAAACAAGUUAGAUCAACCUCGUACACCUAGAGAUGAACGACGACGAGCAACACAUAACGAAGUUGAAAGAAGACGUCGCGAUAAGAUAAAUACUUGGAUUAAUAGACUAGCUAAGCUUGUUCCAAAUGCCGAAGGCGAUCACUCAAAACAAGGCCAAGUGAGUAAGGGAGCCAUCUUGCAAAGAACCGUGGACUAUAUUAACGAAUUGGUAGAUAAAAGCCAUAUGGUGAACAAGAAAUCCGAAGAGAUACACCAAUUGAUGGUUGAUGUCGAAGUACUUAGACAACAAGUUGGCGAAUUACGCAAAUUAAACACUUUAUAUCUUACACAGUUGCAACAAAGCGGCAUUGAUCCAGCCCAUCCAUAA